AUGGAAUAUUAUAGUGUUGUGGGUUUGGUAUUAGUCCUUUUGGUAUGGAUGAUGAGACUUAGAAGAGUGAAACUUGGUCAUCAUCAGCUACCACCUGGACCAAGAUGUUGGCCACUGGUUGGCAACAUUUUCCAGCUAGGUUUGUCAUUGUCGCCGCACGAGGCCUUUGCAAUACUUGCUCGCAAACAUGGUCCUGUCAUGACUCUUUGGCUAGGUUCAAUGUGCACUGUCGUAAUCUCCUCCAGCGACGUAGCACGUGAUAUGUUUAAAAACAAUGAUGUUGCUCUUGCUGGAAGGAAGAUUUAUGAGUCCAUGAAAGGGAAUCAUGACUACGGUAGUGAAGGUUCGCUCAUAACUUCUCAAUACAAUGAGCACUGGCGCAUGCUGAGACGCUUGAGCACCACCGAGUUCUUUGUGACUAGUCGCUUAGACACUAUGCGAGGUGUACGUGCAAAAUGCAUAGACCGCAUGGUGAACUUGAUAAAUGAAGCUUCUGGUGAUAGCGAGUCUGGCGUUGAUGUUGGAAAAAUCUUUUUCUUGAUGGCUUUUAACCUCAUUGGGAACCUUAUUUUUUCAAAGGAUUUGUUAGACCCUGAAAUGGAGAGAGGAGGUAGAUUCUAUUACCAUGCUGUUAAGGUUAUGGAAUAUGCUGGGAAACCCAACGUUGCAGAUUUCUUUCCUAUAUUGAAGUGCCUUGACCCUCAAGGUAUAAGGAGAAACACACAGUUCCAUGUUGAAAGAGCCUUUGAGAUAGCAGGAUCAUUCAUCAAACAAAGGAUGGAAAAUGACACUGCAGACAGUGAAGAGACCAAAGAUUUCCUAGAUGUGCUCUUGCAGUUUCAUGGCGAUGGUGUUAGUGGCCCCUACAAUUUUACUUCAAGAACCAUAAACGUUGUUGUCUUUGAAAUGUUCACUGCAGGGACAGAUACCACAACAAGCACACUAGAAUGGGCUAUGGCAGAACUUCUGAACAAUCCAAGAACACUAAAGAAAGUGCAAAUGGAAAUAAGGAGCAAAAUAGGCCAAGGUAGGAAAUUUGAAGAAAAUGAUAUUGAGAAUCUUCCCUACCUUAAAGCAGUUAUCAAGGAGACAUUGAGACUUCACCCACCUCUUCCUUUUUUGGUUCCUCACAUGGCCAUGGACUCUUGCAAAAUUGGAGACUACUACAUUCCCAAAGAGACACAAGUUUUAGUGAAUGUUUGGGCAAUUGGGAGGGAUCCAAAAAUGUGGGAUGCUUCCUUAUUGUUCUGGCCAGAAAGGUUUAUGGAGCCAAAUGUGGCUGAUUACAAGGGACAUCAUUUUGAGUUUAUACCUUUUGGUUCCGGUCGUAGAAUGUGUCCGGCAUUGCCACUUGCUUCGCGUAUACUUCCACUGGCCUUAGGCUCCCUCCUCAACUCCUUUGAUUGGAUUUUGCCUGAUAAUCUUAAGCCUGAGGAGAUGGACAUGAAAGAGGGAAUGGGGAUAACAUUGAGAAAAGCUGUUCCUUUGAAAGCCAUACCUGUGCCUUACAAAGGAACUCCUGUUGCAGUAGCAGGGAAAUAA